UCUACUGUCAACGUUUGUUGUGGCGAAACCUCCAAGCUGUCACAUCAAGUGUCAGUCUGUCUCACUCGGCCCACUAUCAUGCCUUCCAGCGCCAUACUUUAACGUUACUCAUUGAAAUCCAUCAAUAAUUAAGUUUCUGUUUUGGGACUCUGUGAGUGCUGAAGAUGUUUCUUUAAACGGAGCUUGGUGGUCGUGCGGGCUGAAGAGAGGAUUAUCAUUUCCUGACAGAGAAUCUGACACUUAACGUUAACCGCCUGGCUGUUGGUUGGCGUGGUGUUUUUGUUCAACUGCGACAGACUUCACAUCAUAACGAGUCAUGUCUCGUAGGAGCUCUCGCCUGGUGUCUGGUGGCUACUAUAAUUCAGAUGAAGAAUCUGAUUCGAGUAGUGUGACAAACAUAUCCUACCGUGAAAACCCUGUCAAGGUUUUCAAGAAGAAGGCAGGGACCCGCAAGGCCGGCUCUCGUACCCCCAGUAGAGCCAAUAGCAAUGCUAUUUCUGCUAGUGCCAAGCCGCCCAUCACUGCAAGCCAGUAUGAUGGCUUGAGUCCUUCUCCCGCGAGCAGUCAGACCGAGCCAACCAUGAGGACCGUACCCUACAUUUCCACCAUGGCCACCCCUCGGCCUGCACUGACCCCAUCAUCAGCCCGGAGUCAGACGCCCACCUGCUGCCCCUCAGUAUCUCCAGAGAAGAGCAGCAGCUCAAGCAGACCAGAAUCACACCUCAGGCCCAGUCUCAAGGAACAGAGCCAGAGCACUGUGGACAGCUCAGGGUACUCAUCCUCUGAGGGUACGCACAGGAAGCCCACAUCCGCCGCCACCAGCAGCGGCAGAAGGAUCAGUGGGGCUCCCAGUUCUGGAUAUGGCAGCAGAAUCAGCAGUGCCUUCUUUAGUCUGAUGGACUCAAUCUCAUUGAUGGCCAUCGCAGUACAGUCAAAAAUAAUGCACCUGACAUCUUUAGCUAAUACUUCAUUCAGCAGUCACACGAAGAAGGCUUGUGGUCUGCUUAUCCUUCUCCUCAUCAUACUUAUAUGUAUUUGGUUCCUCCUUCCCUUACUGACCUCUCUCAUCUCCCGCAUGAUGGUCACAAAACCCCUGUCUCAGACAAAACCCGAGAGUCAACCUGUUAUCCGUGCCAUUCCUUCACCUCAGCUCAACACCGUGCAUCCUACACCUGUGGUGGAUCCAGCCAUUGUGUCUGCUGUAGUAGAAGCAAAGAUGCAGCAUCUUAUGGAGGAGCUGCAACUGAAGCAGAACGAGCUACAGCUGAAACAAGAACGCUUUCUCUCCCAGAAUCCCUCCGUUGUGUCUGCUGCUGUAGAAGCAAAGAUGCAGCGUGUUAUGGAGGAGCUGCAGCUGAAGCAGAACGACCUACAGUUAAAACAGGAACGCCUUCUCUCCCAGGUGAAGGAGAGAUUUCAGCAGGACAUUCAGGAUAUGAAAGCCAAGCUUGAGGUUGUGGACUCGGACAGUCGGCUACGUUUGGAGCAGGAGCUUGCUCGGUUAGGCAUGCAGAUGGUGGAUUACCAGACAGACAGCCGCUCUGCUGCUGCCAGCCUCAGCCUCAGCCUCCAAGCUUUAGAGGCCCAGACCACCAAGCUGUCCCAGGAGUGGUCAUCUUUCAAGCUGAUGCCUCCUGCAGCCCCCUGUCCUGAUACCAGUGCCAACCCCAUCCACAACCGUCUCACCCCAGAGCUCCAGCAGGCCAUGGAGAAGUGGCUCACUGACCGCAUCAAGGAACAUGAUGCUGUCAGGCUCGGUGACAAAGGAAGCUGCUCAGACUGUGGACGUCCCAUGGCUGACAAAAUUGCAGACUUUGCACUAGAGACUCAAGGUGCCAGUGUGAUCAGUACAAGGUGUUCAGAGACAUAUCGCAUUCGUUCAGCAUGUGUGACCUUGUUUGGAUUCCCUCUGUGGUACCCAUCUGAAAGCCCACGCACUGUUAUUCAGGGCUACCCAGUGCUGCUCCCAGGGAAAUGUUGGGCAUUUCAUGGUGUCCAGGGGACUCUUGUGAUCUCUCUGUCUCACCCCAUCACGAUAACUCAUGUGACACUGGACCACCUGCCGCGCUACAACUCCCCCACCGGCCGCAUCGACUCUGCCCCCAAAGACUUUGAAGUCUAUGGAAUGAGAGAUGACACAGAAGAAGGAACACUGCUGGGGACAUUCACUUAUGAUGAAAAUGGAGAGCCAACACAGACGUUUAAGCUGCCUAACCCCAGUGACGUGGUGUAUAGAUUUGUGGAGCUGCGCGUCCUCACUAACUGGGGUCAUGUGGAAUAUACGUGUCUUUACCGCUUCCGUGUGCAUGGACAGAUUGCUUCCACAUGAGACAGCAGAUUCACUGACCACAACGUGGCGUCUUUUUACAACAUAUCGGAAAGUACAUUUACAAAGUAUGCUAUUUAAAAAGUUAACUUAAGUUUGGUUGUCUGAGGUGCGUUCAGGGCCAAAUACUACUGAAAAAGUGUUUAGUGUUGGGUAAUGUCUGUCAGCUGGUUUUGCUUUGUUUUGGGUUGCUUUAUGUUGACAGAAAUCAUAGGAGGUUAUUUUUGUGCACAAUUUCAGGUGUACACAUUUAAUAAAUGUUGAGUGUUUCAAAAACCAAAAAAUCUACCUAGUAAAACCACGUCAGAGCAUAAAGUUCUGGAAACUUGAUGCUCUGUCAGAUAAGACUGCUAGAUAAUGUUAUAACUUUUGUUAUUAUGAAUUAUUUCUACUAUUUCAGGUUUUUCCUACUUCACACAAUCAUACCCUGGAGCUUCCCAGUAAAAUGACAUUUCUUUAUGUGUUACCACGACUGGGCCACUUAAGUGUUGAACUUCUUGCUCAAUGGUUCUCUGGCAAGUUAAAGAAAAUAGAGUGUUUUCAAAUUAACUUUAUGGACCAAGAUUUCCCUGCAUGGUCCUGGUAUUUAAACGAGCAACAACUUGUUUACAAGCUUGCACCUCAAGGCUUUCUGCUACAACACAUAAGUAAGACAUUAAUGAAGUUAAAAAAAAAAGUAUUUCUAUCAUGCUCUGUCCCUUUAUUGGCACUAAAUUUGUUUCAGUAUGUUUCAGUAUUUAAUAUCUUUCUAGUUUGUGAUGUACUCAAUCAGGCUUGUUAAUUUCCAGUUAUCUUAAAUGGUUGGAAUGCCAUUUUUGACAGGUAACUCUUAGGAUCUUUGGUUAUUGCUGAUGUUGUCACUAACAGGAUAUACCAUCCUAUGAACAAUGGGUAGAAAUUAUACAGAGGGCAGCAGUGAAUGUUUUGUAAUCAGUAUUGUUACUGUUAAAUUUAAUUUAAUUUCAUAUUCCUAUAAAAGGUAAAAUAUGCAACUUUGUAACAUUUAUUUUGUUUUCUCUUUUAGCAAGUUGUAAUUCAUCAGUUUUGAUUUUAUAACUUAAUCACGGUACUUAAAUACUUGAAAACCUCUUUUUCUAACCUCUUUGGAAGACGUCAUGUUGACUUCGUGACAUCUGUGUAUCUACAUCCUUGUACAUAACACUUGUUUUUUUUGUAUGAGCUACACAGCCAGGAAAGAAAUAUGUGUAUUUAUUACUUUCCAACAUGCUAGACAUGUCCGUCAAGUUUAUGAUUCAAUAUCUCUAAAAUAGUAGCUGUUCACACAAAUAUUGUUUAGACUGCACACAACAGAAGUGUGUACAUCAGUGUCAUUCAGUCAUUUCCCAUGUGUUCUUUGUUUGUUGUACAGUACAUUUAGACAGGAGAUGGUGGAGAAAAUAUUUGAUAAUUUUUCUUAUUAGGAAGUGCACUAGAGGUGAUUUCAGGUAAAAUAAUUUCUUGCUAAUUUCCUCUAUUAAAUAUGUACUAUAAUAAUAUACUAGUCAUAAAUGAGCUAUUUUACGAGACAUGCGGUGGUGAAGAUGUAACCAUAUUUGUAACCUUUUUUUUUUUGUUUGUGGGGUGGAUAUAAAAUAUUUUCAUAUAAUAAGUGUAUUGCAUUUUUGCGUUUAUUUAAACUGAUGAUAAUUGUAAUUAAUGCAAGGACUUUGGUACAGUUCAAGUUCAGUUAAUUUUAUUGAAUUCAUCAAGUACCUUUUUGCAAAACCAGUUAUAAUUAUGCAAAAUCAUUUGCAUCAUUUGCAGUGCUUAAGAAUCUCUUGAAAUUCCUCAUGGUAGACCCUCUUUUAUUUAAUGCUGAAUUCAAAUUUGACUUGCUUUUGAAAUGCAGGUGAUGGAAAAUGCUUUCUUAUACACUGUACACAGUACAAUGUAUCUCAUAGGUGAAACAUUUGUUUUCAUAUUUGAAAGCUGUUGAAUAGCCUGUACGGUCUGAAUGUUUGUAUCUCUGUGUAAACAUGCUCUUUUGUGAACACACACUAGAGACAGUGUAAUUAUCUUAGGUUCUUGUUAGUGUAAAGCUGUACAAGCAACACAGCACAAUGUUUUAGUUUGAGAAUUUAACUAGGUUCUUCUCUUCUCCGUACACAUCUGAUAAUAUGUGUUUAAUUUAAAGCCUAAAAGAUGUUAAUUGCCAUUGCUGACAAUUGUUUGUGGUUUUUUGUUAACCCUUUCAUGCAUGACGUCCACUACAAUGGACAAAUAUUUGGAAGCAUUUAAAUUAUAGUGCCAUAUCCCAACCACCAUGUGGCGGACCCCAAAGCAUUGUCCGUUUGAUUAUCGUCUUUGUUUGAGAUAUUGCAUCAUAAAUUUAAAAUAGCAGAGGGAAGAAGAGAUAAACCAGGUAGCUCAGGAAUAACUGUUAAAUCCUUUUAUUCUUAGAAAACCAGACAGGUAAAAAAUGUUUGUGUGUUCUUGUACAUUUUGCUCUUUGACUGAUAAUUUUUCACUUGUUUAAAAGUAAAAUAAUCAUAUAAACUUACUUUGGGAUUUAAUCAUUCUUGCAUGAAAGGGUUAAUGAAACAGAUUCAUCUGUCAGAUACUUCCUGAGUAUUUGACUAUCAAUGCCUUUUUGUAAGCCAAAGUAGGAUUGAUGAUACAUUAAAUAAAACAUUGUGAUUUA